AUGCGUGCACCGUUAGUGAUUCUUAGUGUGCUGUGCGUGCAGCUAGCUUUUGCUAGUCCACUGCUGCGGAAUGAUGAUGACAAACACGAGUGGACGGUGACGGCGGAUGAAAAUGGCAACAUGCGCUUGGUUUCGUACAGCAUGCCGUAUCACCUGGAUGGGGAGAAACCGAAGCGUGAAUUUCUCCCAGAACGUGACACACUCUUCCUGCUGUACACCGCGGCCAACCCGGAGGAGCCACAUGUCCUUCGUAACGGUGACAUGGACUCCAUUGCAUCCUCUCCGUUCAACCCCAACAUUCCGACGCGUAUGAUCAUCCACGGGUGGCUAGGUUCACGUAACUCGGAAAUAAACAGACUGGUCAGGUCGGCGCUUUUCUUCACCGGUAAUUACAAUGUGAUCUUUGUGGACUGGAGCGUUGGAGCGAUAGACGAGUUCUACCCUAACUCUCGCCAGCUGGUGUACGCCGUGGGAGCCGCAGCUUCCAACAUGCUCGACUAUUUGGUCCGAUACGCCGGUCUGAACAGACGUGACGUCGUGGUGGUGGGUCACAGUCUGGGAGCACACGUUGCCGGAAACGUCGGCAAGUGGCAGUCCGGGGCCAUCACCACAAUUGUCGGACUCGACCCGGCUCUACCGUUCUUCGCUGGAAACGCUCCGGACCGCAUCAUGGCUUCCGAUGCGGAGUACGUGGAGAUCAUUCACACAAACGGUGGUGUCCUCGGCUUCAUGGAUCCGAUAGGGGACGCAGAUUUCUAUCCCAACUUCGGUCGCAUUCAGCCAGGCUGUGGACCUGAUGUUGGAGGUAGUUGCGCUCACGCUAGAGCGGUGCACUUCUACGUCGAAUCCAUCCUUUCGCGGCACGGAUUCGUCGGACGGCAGUGUGAAUCGUUCCAGAACAUCCGCGAUGGAACGUGCGUCGAAACGGGAGUCUCCUCCUUGAUGGGCGGUGAGCCACCAAAUAAUGGUGGCACACCGGAGGGUAUUUUCCUGCUGGAAACAGCCAACGGGUUCCCGUUUGCGGUGGGCUGCUAG